AUGGACUUUUCAGGACAAUAUGAUGGCUACGUGGAUGAAGUGAACACGGCGAUGAGACAAGCGAUGCAGAUCUAUGGCCGAGAUGCUGCGUCUUUCACUCAGAAGGUGUUGAUGCCGCAGGUGGAAGAAGACGAUUUGGUCCUGGCGAAGAAAGCUCAGCAAAUGACAGGCGUGACGUUGAAGCUGCUGAAGCUCUUGCAGAAGGAGCAACGGCAUAAGAUGAUAGGGACUCAAACUAUGCUGGACCUCAUUGGGAGCGAGUUCAAGCAGCUGCAACAAGCCUACUCGAAGCCUACCGAAUUCCGGAAGUCGGAAACUCUGAACGAAUAUUUGAAAGCUGCAUUUGGAGAAAUUCCUGGUGAUGCUAGCAUUGAUGAGCGUGUGAAAUUGAUAAAUAAGCACAUUGCUGAGAAAACGGAGACAGACCCAGUGCAAGCUGCUGAGCAUGAACAUGCGGCGGUUGCCAAGGUGUUCGAGGAGUUGGAGGACUACAAGCCAGGAGAGAAGUUUUACAUCCACCCCGCUGGAGCAGAGGACGAGGAGAAUUUGGAGCUCGAUGCUGAUAGAGAAGAACACCGAGAAGAUGAUGAUGAUAACGAGGACGUAGGAGAAGAUGGGGAAGAUGCUAGCUUUAUUCAGCUCGGGGGUUUGGAUGCAUCGUUUCGAAUGGGUAGUCUCACGUAUGAAGUGGAGCUGCUCAAUAACGAGGGAAGGCUCUUGGAGUUGGCUAAGUUCAUUGCACCGCAGAUGGACUACAUACAGGAGCGAAUCUUGAGGCAUACGACUCUGCUUAAACGUCAAUCCAGUCUAGUUGGCGAGCCAUGGAGUAACUCUGUUGGGUUGCAAGUGCUUGUCGAAGCUGAUGUUUGCUCAGAGGAGGGCGAUGCAAGGACUCAGAUUAAUUACCAGCAUCCGUGGCCCGAGAAGACGAAGAAGGUCACCGUCACUGAUGGGACGAUCAUGGGAACGUUCGACAUCGGAAUUUCAAGGAUGGACACGUCGGAGGACGUUGAUAUCAUAGCUCAUAAACCGGAUGCCGAGAAACUCGUUUCAGCAGAUGGCGAAUUGGUCUAUUCUGGGGACGGCGAGUUUGACACUUCUGCAGUAACGGGAUUGGAUGGGAUUCUGGAUGAGAAGGAAGUCGUUGUCGCAGACUUCUUGCUCUAUGAGCUCGGUGUCAUCUGA